CGGUUCCCACUUGCACUCGAGGAAGCUAACGCGGGGAGCUCGGGCUUGGGACAGCGAAUCAAACGACGGGCUCGGUCGUGGGGUGCAGCGCAUCAUCCGCGUCACCCAGAACUGUGGGAUGACAGGGGCACUUGUAAGAUCUGGUGUUUCUUUGAGACAAUGCUGGUGUUCUUGUGUAUAAUUGUGACCAGGUCGAGUCCUGGGUCAGGUGUGACAGCUGCAGGAGGCUCUACAUCUGGCAGUCACAUUUUGGUAGUACAGCGUCAGAACAUUAACUGCGCCUUGCCAUAUUGCAGAUCCCGAUCUUACUUCAAAGAGAUCUUGCUAAUUAGUUCUCAUACGAGGGCUUCCAGCAACUCGAAGAAAACGUUAUUUCUGUGUCUCUUGUGUACAUGCUAGUAGUACACGGGUAUCAUUCGCAACAACAUGAAACUCCCUCCCACUUCAAACGC